UUAUAGCCCUCUAAUGGCAAAGAAACGUCAGGAUAAAAAACUUGGAGAAACAGUUAGUCCCUAUUUUCAAAACAUAUCAAAACUACCACAGCAAAAAGAGACUGUUUCUAAAUACUUUCUAUCCAAAAAAAGGUGUAUCAAUAAUAAAAAUGUAUUCAAAAAAGUAAAGGAUAAUAAGAUUCAUGUAAAUGAGCCUACGGUGAAACAAACGUCCAAAAAGAGGGUGAAAUUAUCUUCUUCGAUUGAUUUGGAUGUGCUCGCGGAAAGAAAGAUUACUCCGUUUGUACCAAAAUAUAUUCCGAUGCCUUCUCCUUUUAAUCUCGUCCAAGAAUCAUUGUAUUAUGAUCCUUGGAAGCAUCUUAUUGCAACUAUGUUUUUGAAUCGUACUCGAGGAGGUCAAGCAUUACCAUUUUUGUGGAAAUUUUUGGAUGAAUAUCCAACUCCGCAAAUUGCAAUUAAGGCUGAUGUCAAUAAAUUGGCUGAUCUUUUACGCCCUCUUGGAUUGCAUAACAUUCGAGCAGAGCGAAUUAUAAAAUUUUCGCAAUCAUAUUUAAUAAGGCCUAAUUUUUCCUCUCCAAGAGAAUUAUUUGGUAUGGGAAAAUAUGCUGAAGAUAGUUGGCGAUUGUUUUGUGGUGAAAAGGAUGAUUCCUGGAUGAAAGGAUCUGGUUUUGAGCCUGAAGAUAAAGUAUUAAGAUUAUAUAUAGAAUGGCGUAGACAACAACAUGAGCACGUUAAUGGUGCAUCUGUUGAUGGGCAUUCAUCAUGA